AUGCAGGAAGCUGUCAAUCAGGUAGACAUUUUUAAAAGCUCACCAUGAACAACAACAACCGAACACAAAUCUGAAUAGAAACGCAUGGCUCUUCAACAGUAAACAUGGAUGUUCCUUCCUACCUGUCCAGGCUCUUGUCGGAGCUGAAUGAACAGCGUAAAAGGAACUUCUUCUGUGACUGCAGCAUCAUAGUCGAGGGACGCGUGUUCAAAGCACAUCGUAAUAUCCUCUUCGCCAGCAGUGGUUAUUUUCGGGCUUUGCUGGUGCAUUACCUGCAAGACAAUGGCCAAAGACACAGCACGGCAUCUCUGGACAUCGUCACGGCUGAGGCGUUCUCCUUCAUCCUUGAUUUUCUGUAUUCAGGACGCCUAGACCUUCGUAGUGACAAUGUGAUUGAAAUAAUGUCUGCUGCGAGUUACCUGCAGAUGACCGAUGUGGUGAACUUUUGCAAGGGCUACAUCAAAUCGUCCCUGGAGAUCUGUAACAGGGAAAUCGAGAGACUCAGGGAAAGGGAAGGGUUGGAUAAUAGUGCAACUCCAGUUUCAGUCACUUGCACCCCUGUGGCAUCCACUUCUGAAGCCGACCAAAGGACCUGUCAGGUCACCGAGGCCCUCAGCCCCGAUGACGCCCCAACAGCUGCCAUUUGCACUCCAGCAGCCACCAGCAGUAAAGACUCUGAAAGCGAAAACUCCCAAGGAGCUUUUCCCAACCAUACACCCAUCAACGCUCCACUCAAGGUCAGCCCAGGCCCAGAUUUAGUCAACUCAUCCACCCCGGGUCUACUUCUAGGGUUGGUGCAUCCCAAAAUUGAGUACGACCCUGAUGAGGAAGGUGAAUCUUCGAGAGAAUCCAAAGACGCGGCUCUUUAUCAAGGCCCAAAUCAUGACGGGGAGAGAACUAUUAACACGAGCCCAGCUCCAAGCACAGAGCACUCAUCUGUAUCAUUUGCUAACUGUCCGAUGAAGCAGUUUCCAGAUGUGUUGUACAGAGGCGGGAUGAACCCUAACCGGGAUGAACACUUUUCACAGAGUUUGGGGUAUGUCAGUGGAUUCGGUCGGGGCGAUGAGGUGCUUGGUCCGUCGGGUCCCUGUGGGAUGGAGGUUCAGAACGAUUGGUAUGGAGAUGAUCCAGGGAGACUACACAAAUGUCCAUUCUGUCCCUAUACGGCCAAACAGAAAGGCAUCUUGAAGAGGCACAUCCGCUGCCACACAGGAGAAAGGCCAUAUCCUUGUGAGGUCUGCGGCAAACGCUUCACGCGACAAGAACAUCUACGAACUCAUGCUAUUUCUGUCCAUCGCUCCACAUGGCCCAUUGUUUGCAAAGGCUGUCGGCAAGUGUUCUCAGGCAUUGUGUCCCAUGGAAUGAAGCGAUUUGGACUUUGUGACGGCUGCACGUUUGUUACUACAACUCACAAUCACGAUCCUUCCUCCAUGAGCCUCAACAUCCAGCCUGAAGCUGUGGAGAGAAGCGCUAGAGAUUCUGACUGGCCCAUGUUUAUGGAGGAAGGAGAUGAAGCAGAGGCGAGUGCUAGUAAUGUUGAACAGGAUGAUAAACAGAUUGUCAUAAAGCAGCUAGCAGACAAUGGUACAUUACUGUAGGUUCAUUUCCACUUGAAUGCUACUAAAUGAACUGAAAAGAAAAGACUUUGGCAGGGUGUGACCGCUGCUCUACCGGUAACAAAAUACCGGUUUAGUUACUUUUUGCUUAAUGUAUGAAUUUUGUUGGAUUACAAAAGAAGGAUGAUUAUGUGGUGGAAUUUAAAGAUUAAUUUGAAUAUGAAUUAUGACCGCUGGGAAACGCCAUGUAUGGCUUUAGUACAUAUUUGCUACGUCUAAUUAUGUAUUACAAAGCAUUUUCUGUACGACACUAAUGACACAACAGAUUUUGAAUGAGUUGUGGCAGUUUUGCUUGAAACCCUUUUCUGUCGGUGCAUUUCAAUGAUAUGAGUGUUAUGUCAAUUCCAGAAAUUGUUAUCAAAAAUCUAAAAAUGCGCUGUGGUUAUAAAGUCUAUACAUUUCUUUUAUGACUAAAAAGACAUUAAAGCCACCCCCUACACACACAUAUUUUGUUUUCGAGUAGGAACAUUUUCAGAAAUAAAAAAGUCAUUUAAACAUUCA